UUUUUUUUUUGUUUACUUUAGUUGUUUUGAAGUUUGUUAAUUAAUUUUCUUUAUUUCGUAGCAUGUCCUCCUCUAACGACAUAAACCUAACAAGUCCCCUUGAAAAGGCGCGCUAUGACCGCCAAUACUACUCCGCUAAAGGAAACAAGCCACCACGUUUUGAUUUCAUUAAUCCCAAACACAUUGAACAGCUAUUUGACAAACGUCCAUCAUUCUCUCACAUCAAACAAUUGGCAUUGAAACGGUUGCAUCAAACAAUUCGGGAACAAUUGAAAUUUCUCACGAAUAUCGAUUAUUGUCCGGAGUACGAUUUGUCCGAUGUGGAAAAGAUAUCCCAUAAUGUCUUCAGUUGGUCACAUCAGGAUUUCCUGGAACGACGAAAAUUGCCAAAUUGUAUUUGGGUUGAUGUACUGCUAAUGGAAAGCAACGCAACAUGUUUGGAGAAGCAAAAGGUUGCAGCUGAUGUUAGGGAAAUUGAAAAAUUCAUUGAUUUAAUAUUCCAAACGGCUGUAGAAACCGAAAAGGAUGAAUCUUUGAAGGAGGAGGAUCUAUGGAAGUAUCUGAGAAAUGUCCAACUAUACCACAACCUCCCCGAAUCUCUUGCCAGUGAGAGGGAAGAAUUAUUAAAAACCCUCAAGGAAACCCAGAAUCGUGUCAUGGUGGAAAAUGUCAAUGAUUUUUUGGAAAAGCAGCAAAAACGUUUAACGGCCCUUGAAGAGAUUUUCAUGAAUUCCGAUGUUUUCGAUCCCAUUGAGGUCCGCUAUGAAUUGAAUUGGUAUCGUUCCAUGGUCAAACAGAACCAAUAUCGCAUGGACCAAGCCGUAUCGGGUUAUACGAAUGAAAUUGAAAAACUAAAGGAGAAAAUAUUGACGGAAAAACAUUGUGGCGAUAGCAUAAUGGAUACCUACUAUUCGCUGGUGGAGCAAUACAAAAGACGAAUCAAUGAACUUCAGGAACGUUUCGAUAACGAAUUUGAGGUAAUGGAAAAUAAGAAUAACUACAUUCAAGCUCAAAUAGAUAAGCUACGAGAUGCCAAGAAAAUGCAUCUCCAAGAAAUUGAAAGAUUUCAUCGGGAUAUUGAAAAACGUCUUGAAAAGGAGGAACGUGAACGUCAGCUAGCGGAAUUGAAGAGACAGGAAGCUGAAGCCGAGGCCCUGGCUCUAUUGGAAGCGCAAAAAUUGAAAAAACGCAAGAAGGCCCAGAACAAAGGUGGACAAAAAUCCAAGCCACGCUAGAAAUAUUUUUUUUUAAUUUUUUGCUCAAAUAUGAAUUUUUUGGAUUUUUAAUCGAAAUAAAAAUUGACAUUUUUGCAUCUGGAAA